GCAGAGGUCGGUGUUUGCCCCGCCUCCCCUGUUCCUGUCUGCUCUCUGUUUGGUGGCCGGCGGAUAUUUCUAGACGGUUCGGCGGUGGAGGUUGAAGCGGCCGAGCGUCGAUCGGAGGACACCGGGCUCAGGAGGGCUUUCCAUCCUAAAGAACUGAAUCGUUAAAGAUGGUGGACUACUACCAGGUAUUAGGAGUACACAAAAAUGCUUCUCAGGAAGAAAUUAAAAAAUCAUAUCGCAAACUGGCACUGAAGUGGCACCCUGAUAAGAAUCCUGACAAUAAAGAAGAGGCAGAAUCAAAAUUUAAACAACUUUCAGAAGCCUAUGAAGUUCUUUCUGAUUCUUCAAAGCGUGAUAUCUAUGAUCGAUAUGGCAAAGAAGGCUUGACUAAUGCUGCUGGAGGUGGUCGUCAUGGUGAAGGCUUUGACUUUGGCUUCACAUUCCGCAAUCCUGAAGAUGUUUUCAGGGAAUUCUUUGGAGGAAAAGAUCCGUUUGCAGAUUUCUUCACGGAUGAUCCCUUUGACAAUUUUUUUGGACGACGUCGAAGGGGAGUUGAGAGAAGCAGGGGUGGAGGAGGGCCUUUCUUCUCUCCCUUUGGUGGAUUUCCGGCAUUUGAUACUGGUUUUACUUCAUUCAGUUCAUUUGGGAAUCUUGGAACAGCGUCAUUUUCCUCUUCUUCAUUUGGAGGUACUGGAAUGGGUAACUUUCGAUCAGUAUCAACGUCCACAAAAUUUAUUAAUGGCAGGAAAAUCACCACUAAGAGGAUUGUAGAGAACGGCCAAGAAAGAGUGGAAGUAGAGGAAGAUGGCCAAUUAAAAUCUUUAACAAUAAAUGGAGUUGAAGAUGAACAUGCCUUAGCAUCGGAGCUUAGACAGCGAGGACAGCAGGCCUUGCCAGGUCAUUCGUCUUACACCCACUCUUCACGCCAGCAUUCCAUGUCCUACCCAAAGCACGACUUCCAGUAUCACGUGGUAGACGAUGACGAUGUCGGAUCACCAACAAUGGUCUACAGUGUCCCAGACGAAGCAGCCAGUUCCAACAUAGCAGGCCAAAGAGAAGGAGGGAAGAGAAGGAAGCAACGACACAAGGAAGAGUUGAAGAAGAAACGGCCAACGAAAGUGAAGCAUUAGUUAUAAGGUCAAGGCAGUCUUGGAAUAAAUCGUGAUGUGGUUGAAGCUCCCACAAGUGAAAGAGAAGCCUCCCUAAACAUAUUCUAAAGGAAAGUGAAAGAAUCAUAAAUAAAUUGCAGAGUGUUGAUAAAGUAGAUCAUCUUUAAGUAAUGAUGUGUGGUGACUUCCUGUCUAUUGAUGCUGUAAUCCUUCGCUUAUUGGUUUAUUUUUAAUCAUACUGUAAAUGUUCCUAUUAUGUUUGAAAUGACUGUAUCUGAAGGGCAAAACAAAUUGAAUAGUAGAAAUUCCAAUUGGCAAAGGUUAAAUGAAUACCUAACGCAGAUCUCGUGUGUGCUAUUGUAUGCAAGUUUAAUAGGAAUGUACAUUAAAAAAAAUCAUGCUUGGAAUGUGGGUAUUGUUGGCAUGGCUGGACACAGUGGUUUCACACAGAAAGAUGGUGGUGGGUCACCUUUGUGAACUGCUGCUGUCUGUUCAGUGAAGAUGCUGUCAGAAUAGAGGGUACCAAGAUGUAAAAAACAACGAAAGAAUGCCUUUCUUCUCAAAUAGUCAGAAAAGUAUUUCCAAUGAAUACAUUUCUUUUCAAAAUGUUCUUACUAUCAAGUCCAACACAACAGCCAAUUUAUGCAUAAGGUCCCACAAAAAGCAAUUCAAGAAAUAACUAGAAAUCUGUUCUCUGGUAGUAACGAUUAAGCAUAGUGGUACCUACUUCUCUUCAGAUAAUGCCAUGGGAUCGUUUAAGUCUAUUUAAAUAGUUAAAUGGGGCUAAAGUUUAAUAACUUCAGCUAAAAGUCUGCACCUCUUACAGGGCAACACCACCUCAAUACUGUGCACAAUGUAAUGAAUCAAUUUCCAGAAUGGAGCUUAAUUCCAUAACAUUUUGACUCACUGAAUGCUGCCAAUUCAAUUUUAGUACUAGUAAAAUUAAAAUAUUGCACCCAGGAAUGCAUACAUGCAUGGCUUAUGUUUGAAAAAUAAGCUUUAUAUUUCGGAGUAGCUACCCUGGUAUUUCUAAUGGUGUUCUAUUACUUCCUAUUUGCAUUCUUGUAAAGAUGUUGUUUCACUGUAACUGUUUGUUAUUUCAUGGUUGUUAAUUUAGCUGACGUCUUUGUCCUCCACUUUGUUUGUUUACCAAAAUGCUUCUGUUUUGCCAAAAGUUAAACAUUUGGACAAGUGAUUUGUUCCAGCGCAGCCACUACCAGUAAUUAAAAUUUUCAUUAUCUCUGGGACAUUUUAGGUAAAACUCUGGUACUUUGGUAGCACUUUGUGCUGCACAUGGUUAAAGGUAAAAUAGUGUAAACAUAGCAAAUUACUGUGUUAUAUAUCAGUACUGAAAUGCUGCAAGAGGGAGCUUGUGUUACUAUUUAGUUUCCACUUUUGGUUUUUAUUAUGCAUUUGGUAUGACUGUGCCUUCUGCUUAUCAAUGUACUGAGUUCUUGCUGGUGAGUUUGACUGCAGAUCCUUGUAAGUUCAGUAAAGAGGGGUCUGCCCUAUUGUCUUGAAACUAAAA